GCAGGCGGCGCGGGGGGAGGGCUUGAGAUGAGUGUACUACUCCCCAAUAUGGCGGACUUCGACACUAUCUAUGAGCUGGAGGAGGAGGAGGAGGAGGAGGAGGAGUCCGAGCCUGUGGUGCGGAGUCAGGAGCUGCCCCGGCCCCGCGAUGCGCCGGAUCCCGUAGCGGUACGGGGCGCCGGGCACAUCACUGUGUUUGGCUUGAGCAACAAGUUUGAUACAGAAUUUCCUUCUGUUCUGACAGGGAAGGUUGCCCCAGAAGAAUUCAAGACCAGCAUCAGUCGUGUGAAUGCCUGCUUAAGAAAAAAUCUCCCUGUCAAUGUAAAAUGGCUGCUUUGCGGCUGUCUGUGCUGCUGCUGCACGCUGGGCUGCAGCCUGUGGCCUGUAGUCUGUCUUAACAAAAGAACUAGAAGAUCAAUUCAGAAGUUAUUAGAAUGGGAAAAUAACAGACUAUAUCAUAAGCUUGGUUUGCACUGGAAGCUGAGUAAAAGGAAAUGCGAAACUAGCAAUAUGAUGGAAUAUGUAAUAUUAAUAGAGUUCUUACCAAAAUAUCCCAUAUUUCGACCUGACUGAGGAACAGCAUUUGGUCUUUCAUGUUACCUGUCAUUUUCUACCCUUAGUGCCUUGUAGAUGAUUUUGGAAAGAAGAUGGUCUACUUUGCUGUGACUUAAAUAUGUUCUUCAGUAGAAUAUCUUCCUUGCUAUGUUACUUUCUUUUGUUAAGAAGAGAACAAUUUGCACAUUUUUUUUAUGUUAAAUGAGGCUUCUGUGUUGCACUCUGAAUUUUAACAUUAACAAUAACUGAUAUAGUUGCCACUAGGGAUCUAACAUCAGUGCUGCUUAAACUUGUUCUGAGCAUGCUGCCUUAUUAAUUUCUAUAUUUGCUGUCCUCAAACAUGCAUCCUAAUGCCAUGUCAUACUAUAUUUCAUUCUAAAUGUUGCAAUCCUAUAAACCCUCAGUAGAAAUGUCCAGGUAAGCGUCUAGUAGUAAUGAUUUUAGUAUAACUUGCUUGCAUAGGACUUGAAAUCAACAGCACUGGUUUUGUCCUGCACUUUGCAAAAUCAUCAUUUAUAUUAGGGGGUUAAUUAUUUUACCCACUAUGGAUUUGUAAAUAUUGACUCUUUGCAUAAUGUAAAGUGUGGUAUGCCAAGGUUUACAGAAUGUAAUAUAGCUUUUAUUCUAUUGCCAACAGUCCGACAUAGUUUUAUUUGUUACAUUUGCUAGUAUUCCUCUGAUUGUAUAGACGCAUUCACAUGCUGGUUUUAUGGUAAAGCCAUAAUAAGUUUGUACAUACUAUCAGACGUGUAGGGCUCAGUUGCACUUUGUUUAGUAAAUGGAUGAAAAAUGCAUAGCAUUUGUCUUUUUUUUUUUUUUUAAGUAUUGCAGGUGUUGUUUGUAGCACCUGACAUAGGAAGCUUAAAUACUGUUCACCUUUGAAAAAGUUACAUUUGUGGGGUAGAUGGUGGCUGCUAUUAUUAAAAUAUCCUAAAGCCUUGUUUUAAGUUAGGGAUAUGUGGAUGUCAAGUUUUGUUUUUAAGUAAGGAAAAAAAUGUUUUGUAAUUGGAGACCUUCAUUACUGAGGGGAAAAAUUUGGAACAGCCAAAUCAAAGCUGAAGUAACCCUUGUGUUAUUUUGCAGCGUGAUAGCACUUCAAUGUUUUAACAGUUAAGUGAUGUGGCAUCCUUUCCAGUGGAAAAAAAAUUUAUUCAAGUGAGAGUAGUGUUUCAAAAUAUGCUGAUGGAAGGAAGUGGAUAAGUUGAAAGGGUCCAUGCAUUUGUUUUGGCAUUCCAGCACAGUCUGAAGAACCACAAAUGCUACAUGGAAUUCAUCAGUAUUUUUGGAUUCUUCCCUGUUUGCCUGAUCCCAGGAAGGGAGAGCAUUGUAGAAAAAGUUCGUGUAAUGGCUGGCCUGAGCAAGACCACUUGAUAAUAGCAAACAAAGGAAAAUUGAUGCAAGUUCCCUCCCUUUCCUAACUAGAAAUAAGAAAUCAGGAAAAAAAGCAGCAGAUGACUGAAUAUCUGCAAGGUGUGAUGAAUAUAGUUGUAAGUGUCCAGCCAUUUCUUUGCAGCAACUUGACUCCUUGUGACAUAACAUCAUCUCAAGUUGCUUUUUAGUUUCAGGGUGACUUGGGAAUUCCUCUGAAUGUAUUUGCAUCUUUUCAGUAUGCAAUAUUGUAUUAAAAUACAGUAUUUGUAACACCAUUGCAUUCUAAUAACUGUAGUAGGCCAGGUUUCUUGUAUGCAGUGUUUACAGAAGGCCAGUUGUAUGCAAGAUGUUACUUCAAAUCAAAUUUCAUGCUAUUCUUACUGUACAGCUGAGAAGUGUCAGAAUCCAGCACUUCCAGUAGUUCCAAUCACAGACUGAUGCUUCGGGUUCUGAAAUCUGUAUCCUUAGUGCAGAUGUUUCAUGUGACUGGUAGAUUGGUGACAACUAACUGUGUAAUUGCAUUUGUAAUGUAACGAAUAAAAAACUGCUGUGGUGUUUGAAUUUAACGUUAGCUACCCUUGCAACUCAGAUUUCUACCACAGAACCAAGCAAAGUGUUCUCUCCAAUUUAUUUUUUUAGGAUGAGUGUUAACUGGAAGCAGAGACAAUACUUAAUGGCAGAAAGAGGCAGUGUAAACCAAAACUGAAACAGCACACGCAAUUCUAUAUAUUUCCCUUACAAAUAAGUUUCUGGAGUAAAUGAAGGGAGCUUAGCUUAAUUAACAGAAAAAUGGAAGUUUCUUUACUGUUACGCCAGAACUUUGUUAGUUUUCUUUUUUCAUGUAAGAAACUUGAGAAUUCUCAGCAGGUUCUUAUUUUCUUCUUUAUGUGACUAUAUUUUCAAAAUGUUCUUUUCCAACUGAGAGAAUAGGCAGUCUGAAUGAGAAUUCCAGUAACUGCCAGCAGUGAAUGCUGAGCGGUCUUCAGUCUUGCUGCUAAAAGAAAUCCUCUUCAGUCUGUGCUGACUUCAUCGUAUUCAGUUCAGAAUUUCACAACCUGAUUUGUUUUCUUUGUAUGAAGUGCCGUGCCAAGCUGAGAGAACGCCCAGAGCUACAGGAGCCCCCAGUACCUCUGGGCUGCUCCCUGGCCACCCUGUGCUGCGGUAUGAGCAGAGAUCCAAGGCAGAACAAGCUGGCAGCUUUGUUUUCCCACCUUCAUCUCAUCCCUUUGUUCCCUUCCCGUUGGCCUGGCCACGUCCAGCGCCAUAGGCUGCUCUGCCUGCUGCAGUUUAGCUGCCUCUGGGUCUUUCCCGGGCACUGUGCAGCACUGAAGCACAGAAUAUUUGUUCUCAAAGUUUACAUUUUAAGUAUGUAAAUUCUAUACAGUUUACUUUGUCCUUAAUUAAUAAUUGUAUAGUCUUCAAACCAUGAAAGGGUCUCGCUUUGUGUUUUAAUAGACAUAUGUGGCCAUAAAGCAACUAGUAAAGAAUGAGAGCCAAAACUGCCAUUUACAGUAAGCGACAUGCUUUAAUAAGUAGAUAAAUUUGCAUUAAAAUGCAAACCCAACAGACAGUAUUAUAUUUGCAUCUGAAAGACACAGGUUCCGUAGGCAGCUCUGAGUACUGCUGUGAACCCUGUGCACUUCUGUGCUGCCUACAGGUUCUUUUUUGCCUAGGCUAUCCUUUGCUUUAAUAUAAAAACAUCCAGCAGGUAAUUAUACCUCACAAGACUGAAAAUUUCAUUUUUGACUAAUAAGUCAGCAUGAGUUGGUAAACCUAUUUAUGGAGGAUACUUGUUAAUUGGAGAAAGAAUUUGUAGCAAUAUGAUGGAGACUAAUGUUAGCAAAGUAUAGUGGAAGUGGUAAAGAAAGUGCCUUGACUGUUCCAACAAAAGAGAAGAGAGGGUAAGGAGAAAAGGGAACUAGUAACUGUGUGAGUUUGCAGCAGAUAUUAAAAUGCAGUUCCUGUCUACCAAAUCAGUAUUCAGUUUUUCAUAUAAACAUGUUGACACUAACUUUCCUUUCUAGGUUUUAUCUAGGAAAUAUUUGGGUUUGUAUCUAGUAAGUUUUGUAUCUAAGGAGUUAUUGAAGUUUUAAAGAAUACUGGCAGAACAUCAAAGCUUUUGCCUACUGAUUCCCCUCCCGCAUCUGUGAAGUUGUCUUAACAUAAGAGCAGGAAAAAAAAAAAAAAAGGCGUUCCAAGACAUGCACAGACAAGUCUAGGGAAGUGCGGAUUCAGUUGUAGAUACGUGACUUUGAAACAGAGAACAUUUUUGUUAAACCUGGUGUGGUCUUGAGAAAUAAAGUUCCUAUGCUUUCCUUGAUAGGUACAAAACUCCAUAUGCAAAACCAUAAAUAUAUGUUCAUUAUCGUCCCACUUUGACAGUUUACAGCAUUCACUUGUCAACACACUACCAUUGGAGCAAUAAAAAUGUCAAGCUAUUAAUAUUCAGUGUAAAUUAUUUAUCAUUUUAGUAAGUAAUGUUAUGUGAUUCUUCUGCCGUUUUUUGUUUUCUGCUUUUGGUGUUAUGGUGUUGUAACAUUACUUGUACUGCUUAAGAAAAGUGGUUUUGUUUAAGCUGUAUGAAACUUCGUGUUCUUUAUUCUGUUUACAAGUGAACAGCCACUUUUUAAAUUGGACCUCACAUCUUAAGAGUUUUCUCUUUUUUUUUAAUUAAAAUAAAAUUCUAACUGAGCUCGCUUUCUAAAAUUUACUGCACUGGUUUGUGCUGUUAAAAGAAGCUGGAAGUCAGACAUGCUUGAUCACUUUGACAUGUUUUUCUUUAAUUAAAUUCAAAGAUGAAAACCUCUGAA